AUGGGUAAAUUUUUAAAAAGUGUCAGUUUUCGAAAUUUGGGGAAGAGACGCGUGGACGACGUCACGACGGCCGAUUUCCUUGUACGCUUCAUAUCACAAAUUACGAACGAAUGUGACAGGCUGCCGCGGCAAAUAGUCCUCGAUCAUGUUAAUUUGUCGAAAAUCGAGAGUUCUAACAAUUCUUCUUGCACCCAACAGGCGGAGACUCAUCGACGACGUCUACAAUUUCGCCGUUUUCCUGUCUCUUAUCGACCCUGUGAAAGAACGUCCGUUGUUCAACUGUGUCCUGUUUUUUCGAUACUAAAUGAAAUGAAGAAGGCUAUUUCAAUAGUUUUUCGCAUUUCUGUUUUUUAUAUAGAAAGUUUAUAUAUUAUACUAUGUAGUAAUGUUUCAAGUUGUGUGUUUCUGCCGAUGAGAUGAGUUAAAAGCUUUCUUCAUCCAUAAAAGCGACCUCUGAAUCGUUGGUUACCAUAAAUAAUUAGAACAUGUACGGUUUGCCCUUUUCAAGAUCUAUUUCUGACGCUUCAAAGAGCUUUUCAAUGAGUUUUCAAAAAAUCUGAGGUUCGGUGUAAAGUUAUCUCCCUUACUAGCUGCUCAGAUCUCAGUUUUGGUCUCCGACUCACAUAAGUUGUUUUAGAACAGUAUUUUUUCGAAAGGCCUAACCGCUUUCGAACUCUAUUAUUUUUGUAAACCUAGGGACCGCAAAGCCACGCCCCUUUUCGCGAUAGAAAAAGUGGCUUUUUUUUGGUUUUCAACUUUCAUUUUGAUGUAGUUGUAAAAUAUGUGGAACUGGCAAAUAAAAUUUGACACACUUGUACAGAAAAGUAAACCACUUAAAAUAACUUUCAAGAUGAUUAUAACGAAUUAAGCAGAAAAAUGGGUAAACCGGAGGUUUCGAACGGUGGAAAGAGACUAGACGACUACGUCAUCAUGGGCCGAUACGUGAUCUAUGUGUGUGUGCUUGCCGAGCUCAUUAUCCUACCUCAGGUCACGUCCAUGUUCUACAUGAUGUACGCAGGUGAGUGUAGCCUACCUGCGCUGACUUCGGCGUUUAAGGAGCAGCCCCUCGAGUGGUUUCCUGCGACGGACGACAGUUCGACCCUGAACUCGAGGGCAAGGAGAUCUGUUUCAUUCUCGCAGACAUGACCAACUGCACCAAUCCCCACCUCACCUACCAGUUCAAAUCUGUCAACGUCGAGGUUGGCGGGCUCAACAGCACCUAGUUCGAUUAUCAGAUUGCAGUUCAACUACUUCUGUGAAACGUCCAAACUGGUCAAAAACAGUAUAUCAGUGCAAAUGAUGGGGGUUCUCAUCGGUUCCGUUGUGUUUGGACAAAUCAGCGACUCCUUUGGUCGUAAACUGGUAGGAUUAGCGACUUUUCGAUUUCUAAAUUUUUUUUUUGAGGCUUCUCAAGUGGCACUUAUAGGGAUGAUGGCAGGCUGGUUGAUGGUUGCCCACAGCAACGAUCUCACACAGUUCACUGUUACUAGAACCGUCGUUGGAUUUUUCACGGGCGGCAGCGUCUCGUUAGCUUCUUUUUUUUUCGCUGUUACUAAAUUUGUUUUUCUCAGAGUUAUCAACGUCUUCAUAAUGGAGAACAUCCCAAAAAAGCACCGCAUGUGGAUAAAUAUGGCAAUCACUUGGUCGCCGAACUUUCCAAUCCUCGCGCUUCUCGCCUGGUUUGAUUCUAAUUUGGCAAAAUUCAAACUUACUCACACUUCUUGA